UCGAAGAAAGAAGAGAAGCGGAAGUUUUCAUUAUCAAGCUGACGCAAGAAGAAGCCUUUGCUGGCGACAUUCAAAGAAUCAGGUUCCAGAAAGGAGACAUUCGGAGCAAGCACAACAAGUUGCACAGGUUGAAUGCCUUCCUGGACAAAAACAAUGUUCUCAGGGUGGGAGGACGGUUGUCAAAAUCAGCCUUACACCACGACAUAAAACAUCCUGCAAUUCUUCCACGAAAAUCUCAUGUGUCAGCCCUCCUCAUCAAACAUUAUCAUGAGCGAGUAUUCCAUCAAGGAAGAGGCAUGACCAUGAACGAAUUGCGUGCAAAUGGAAUAUGGGUCUUGGGAUGUGGGAAUGUGGUCUCCUCACACAUUUAUAAGUGUGUAAAAUGUAGGAGAUACAGAAGAUCUACAGAGGUGCAACAAAUGGCAGAUCUGCCGCAAGAAAGGGCUGAAGAAUCCCCCCCCUUUACUUACUGUGGUCUUGACUGUUUCGGCCCCUUUAUCGUAAAGGAAGGAAGAAAGGAAUUAAAACGCUAUGGGUUGCUGUUUACCUGCUUAUGUUCGAGAGCAGUACACAUAGAAACACUCGAUGACUUGACAACAGACGCAUUCAUGAAUGCACUUCGAACAGUUAUGGCUAUCAGAGGACCUGUGCGCCAAAUAAGAUGUGAUCAGGGAACAAACUUCAUGGGCGCUAGGAGAGUCCUUUCUGAGUUGCUCAAAGGAAUAGAUCCUGAACGUCAGCGAUCAUUCGGCUGUGAAUUUGUGCUGAACGUCCCAUCAGCUAGCCACAUGGGUGGGGUCUGGGAGCGUCAGAUUCGGACAGUCCGAAGCAUCUUGAUGGUUAUGCUUGACCAAGCCGCAAGCAGACUCGACACCACAACUUUGAGAACGUUUCUUUACGAAACGAUGGCUAUAAUCAAUAGCAGGCCACUAAGUGUUGAGCAUCUUAAUGAUCCUACUGGUCCGGAGCCCCUCACUCCAAACCACAUACUGACCAUGAAAUCCUCAAUCAUUCUGCCACCUCCAGGACAGUUUUGCAAGGAAGACCUGUACCUGUGCAAAAGGUGGAGAAAGGUGCAGUUCUUAGCCAAUGAGUUUUGGCAAAGAUGGAAGCGAGAAUACCUGCUGAACCUCCAACAACGACGGAAAUGGCAAAAAAUAUCAAGGAACUCGCAAAUAGAUGACAUUGUGAUCCUUCAAGAAGAUGGCUCACCAAGGAAUGAAUGGAAGCUUGCUAAAGUUGUGGAAGUGUAUCCCAGUGCAGAUGGCAUGGUACGGAAACUGAAACUUCUAGUUAGCGACACUACAUUUGACAAAGGCAAACCACUCACUAGAUCAGUUCAUCUUGAGAGGCCUAUACACAAGGUAGUCACCUUACUUGAGGCCAGCUCAAUCACAUAAGGUCACUUUCAAUGAUGCUUAAGAACAUUUUUUUGUUUAUUCCACUUAUAUUUUGUUGUACCGGAAAUCCCACAUUUAGGUGGAUGAGUGAUUUGGUGGGAGUGUAAGUGCCGGUAUUUAAGUUCAUGAAUGAAAAUGUUAAAAUGUAACUGAUACAGGCAGUAUUUGUAUUAUUCGCUUCUUGAGGCGGAACUAAUGUGCUUUGUUCGUAGCCCCGGGGGCCAAGAUCACUGUGACACUGCAAACGGCAGGUGCACGGUGCGCGUUUUGUCACCAAAGCUAUAAAACUUGUAAUGCACAUCAAAACCUCUUUUUACGGCAAGCGGCCAACGAGUUCUCACGGCGUAACGUGUAAAGCGUGAUGGUGUUGAUAAGAUGGAGAGGGAGAGAGGAGACAUGCCACCGCAAUAAACGCCCGUUCAAAGGAA